ACCAGCAUCCAGAGAGGUUUAGUGCUCAGGAAUGAGAACUGCAGUGAGAACUACACCACUGACUUCAUCUACCAGCUGUACAGUGAAGAGGGCAAAGGAGUCUUUGACUGCAGGAAGAACAUCCUGGGACACAUGCAGCAGGGUGGUGCUCCUUCCCCAUUUGACAGAAACUUUGGCACCAAGAUCGCUGCUAAAGCCAUGCAGUGGAUCUCCAAGAAGCUCAAAGAGUUUUACAGAGAAGGUAAAGAGAAAUCACUCCUGUAGAGAUGCAGUCUGGGAUUGUGUGAAGUCAGAACUGAUUUUUGUUACAAGAGCAACAGAAAACAUACAUAUUCAACACUGCUGCAGGAAAUUAAAUGCUGAUGAUCUUAGAGCACAUUU